CUGAGUGAGUGAGACACGCGGAGGUUAAGAAAAACAGACAGUAGAGAGACGGACAUGUGACAGAGAAGGAAAUACUGAAGAGUGACAUUUCUACUUUGUAUGGGAGGCAGGAAACAAGACAACUACCUGUGGAGAUGGGAAGUACGACCCUCCCAGUGCACCUUAAUGUGAGCGCAGUGACAACCAACUCGUCAUCAGGCUCAGCUCAGAAUGAGGAGGGUUACAGUGAGGCAACAAUGAUCCUGCUGGGCAUGAUCAUGUCCUUACUCGUCCUGGGCAUUGUCUUUGGCAACAUCCUGGUAAUAACAGCGAUUGCCCGCUUCCAGCGUCUCCAAAAUGUCACCAACUGUUUCAUCACAUCCCUGGCCUGUGCCGACCUGGUCAUGGGUCUCAUCGUGAUUCCUUUUGGUGCUUGCUACAUCAUCUUUAACACCUGGCACUUUGGUAGUUUCUGGUGUGAGUUCUGGACCGCCACUGAUGUGCUCUGUGUGACUGCAAGCAUCGAGACCCUUUGUGUCAUUGCUAUAGACCGCUAUUUGGCCAUCACUUCUCCCUUUCGUUACCAGUCCAUGCUGACCAAGUGCAAGGCUCGCAUUGUGGUUGUGCUGGUGUGGGUGAUUGCUGCCCUGAUAUCUUUCCUGCCCAUCCACAUGAAGUGGUGGAUAGCAGAUGGUGAGGAAGCUGAGAAAUGCAUUAACGACAGCAGCUGCUGCGAGUUCUACACCAACAUGGCAUACGCCAUCACCUCCUCUAUCAUCUCCUUCUACAUCCCUUUGGUCAUCAUGGUUUUUGUCUACAGCCGCGUCUUCCAGGAGGCCAAGCGCCAGCUGAAGAAGAUUGACCAAAGUGUUGGACGUUUUCACAACAGCGACAACACCAACCUCAAAUCUCUUGAGGCCAACAACGGGCGUGGCCACAAGAAGGCCAAGUUUUGCCUUCGGGAACACAAAGCUCUAAAGACACUGGGCAUCAUCAUGGGGAUCUUCACUCUAUGCUGGCUGCCCUUCUUUCUGCUCAACGUAGUGGUGGCCAUAUGGAAGGUAGAGGGCACUGAGCUCACCUUCAGGAUACUCAACUGGAUAGGUUACGCAAACUCUGCCUUCAACCCGCUCAUUUACUGCCGCAGUCCUGAGUUUAGGUAUGCUUUCAAGGAAAUCCUCUGCAUGAAGAGGAACCGCCUAAGUAACCCGGGUCCCGUGAACGGAUACAUCUACAGCCGACACAGCUGGCAGAGCGAGCAGCAAGGGAGGAGUAAAGGCAGCUUGGAAGACAGUGACAUUAAUGAAGGGUGUCUGGGGAAGGGAGCAGGGAUCUGCAGUGUUGUGGACAGAACAGUGGACCCCAACGGGAAUUGCAACAAAGGCCUAUCAACUGUUACAACUUCCCUUUAAAAUUGGAGCCCUGAGACAUCUGUCAACAAGGCGAUCCAGACAUGUUUACACUGCUACCAUAAACUUUAUUUCCAAUUGACUAAUGAAGGUAAGGCCAGUCCACCUGACUGGUAAAGACUGCUUUAAGGAGUUAUAAGAUGUUCAGCUGAGGAAAGAACUUCUCCUCCUCUUUCAAUGAGUAAAUACUGUAGGAAGAUCACUUUUCCUUUUGUUAUUUUGUUACUUUUAUCAUAUUUAACUUCCAUCUACCUCAUCACAUCUUUCCCAACAUAUGUUUCUUAAUUGAUUGUUUCACAUUAACUCACUGUCCACAGGACACAUGGGCAGUAUCUCAGCUGUUUAUUUACUCUACUAAAUGGUCUGUGCAUUAUAUAAUUGCUAAUUAUGGCUCCCAUUGAAUUUGCGGGCAUGUUUUUUUCAUCGGAGAGUUCUUGGCAAAAGAUCCCACAAUUUAUUAGCAUAAAAAUGUUUUAGAGAUUCAAAGUAAAUGUUGGAGGCUGUAAAUUCCAUUCAGGCAUGCCAGUUCGGCAUGAGUACUUAUUUCCAUCAGAAAAUGGACGAGGAGCAUGAACAGAUCAAACUUAAUGCCUCUUUGGUGCUUUUGUUUGAAGAAAUACAUUCCAAAUCAACCAAGAUUAUAAUUUGGCUUCAUUCUUCUCCAUAUUUUUUUUUUUAAUUUGAUGGAUUGUUUCAGUGUGAAAGAUGAUCAACAACAGGUCUUUUUCUACUCACUGCUCAGCAAUGUUGUGAGGCCCUGCUCCCCUCUCUGAUGUUUUACAGCCAGUUUCAUGGGUGUUUCUGUUGCCAGCAGAUAGCACCAAGAUAUGAAGUUAUCUACAACUCACUGGUGCAAGCUGAGAAACGCCUGGGGCCAUCCUUGGUUACAUCAUAAAAGUGAAAGUUUGUAUAUGUUGAGUCAGAUUAUAUUAUCUGCCCAGACAAUAUCUAAUAUAGUGCAAAGCAGAUGGCAUUAAUGUGAUUAAUCCUGCAUAGUAUUGACCUUUAAAGCUUGCAGCUGUUUCAUGAAGAAAUGCUUUUUUUUUUUUUUUCUUUUAGAUUUGCACCGCAAAACCUAUCAGUCAUAUCUUGCAUCCACUCCACUGGUUCAGAUGUGCAACAUGCAAACCAGUAGUUGGUACACUCUAUAGCUAUUACAUAAGUCAAACUAUGAGUCUCUUAUGUCCACUCUAUGUGCCGGUGGCAACAGUCACAGUUGUCCCUUUUGUCACACAAGCCCUGUUUGUUUAUUACAUUGUGUUGUUGCUGUGUUUCAGCAUGUACAGUGUUUACUGAAACCAGAGAAGCGGUUUCCUUAGUCAUGGCACAAGGGUACAAACCACACACGCAAUAAUAAACAGUGCAUCGAAAUAGCCAAGCGAUAACAAAGUUCCAGGCCUGAUACUGGCGGUGGUGGUGACUACUCACAGGGCCAAUAAACGGAGAUGAGAAAAACAGUCCUGUGCACCUUUGUCAACUGCUCCCCGACAUUUCCCAGAGUCUCCUCACUAUAAACGGAUGUCUUUAUCUUUAUGAAAUCAGCCUAACAUUUGGAUAAGACACUCAGGAGUCCACUGGAACGGUGCCUCAGCUGCUCCAGUUGUUUCAGUCAAUUUCAGACUGUCUACCAUGUCUACUUUAGACAUGACUUGGUGUGCAGUCUUCAGGAAAUGCCCCCAAUCCAGCUGGGCCCAGCCCAAUAAACAUGAAUAAAUCCAUUAUCUCUGUCGUUUAGUUGGUGAAUCAGAUAACCCUGUCUCAGGAACAAAGUAUACAGUUCCCAUUUUGAAUGAUCAGAUAUGAUGAGAACCAAAGGGCCAAUGUGAAAUGAGACUCUUUUUUUAUCGCCUGUCUUAGGAUGACAGACUCUUAGGAGUCUCACUUUUUGAUGGACACAAGCAUUGAUGGAAAAUGAGUACUUAGCAGGCAUUCACCCACUUUUCCCCGCACUAAAUGAUAGGUGUUGCAAGUGUCACCAUUUCCCCAGACAGUUUGAUGUUCUGAUCAAAGUGACAGCGUGCUAAAUGUGGCUACUGACAGCAGGGGGGGAGCAGGGGUUUUCUGCCAGUCUAAAUCGGUGUUUGUGACCUGUGUUUUAGUGCAUGUGUCGCCUCCAAAGUAAGGUCAGCCGACACCAUCAAAACUGUGAACUUUGUUCCCUCUGAGGAAUCCAUAUGUACUGUAUCACCAGGUUUGGACAGUCACAGACCUUUGGAAUAGACGUAAAUACAGUGUCAUCGUACGUCAGCGUUUGCCAUGUGAAAAACAAGCUUUCAAGCAUGUUUAUCUUUUUUCUGUUUUUCUUUUUCAUGGAUUUACAGCAAAGUAAAUGCAGGGGUUGAAUGUCACAACAAAUGUUCUCCAGGGUAUUUUUUUUUUCAACAUUUUCACUGUACAGCUUGCACAAUGCACAAAACAGACCAAGAUUUUGAUACAUGACUAUUUUAUUUAUUCACUUACAAUCAAUUGCAUUGACACUAAAUGAAUGACUCACUGCUGAUGGUCUUGUAUUUAAAACAUCUUUAGAAGCACUUUGCAAGUGAUCGUUUGCAUGUCUGCUAUAUAUAUGUGUGUGGUGAUGUGUAUGUGGACUGUGGUGCAAUUUCCUUUCAAAGUGAUCUGUUUUAGCCUAUUGGAGUAGGUUGUAAACCAUAUAUCCACACUGCUCCCUCCUGGCAGUGGCCUCUCCUUGCACCUCAGCUGUCUCAAUUAAUGGUUAGUGUUUUAUCAAUAUGCCUGUAUAAUAAUAUGGAGGGUAAUUCAUGUCUUCACCUCUUCAUGCUAGAGGACAUAGCAAAGAUGUGUGCAAUGAGUUUUGAAUGAUUUCAUGACGCUACAACAUUCCAAAUACAGCUGAUGGUUUGGAGCAAGUCCACUGUUGCAUGAAAUGUACAUGCAGUUUUCCCAAUGAAAUUAAGAGGAGAUUCUGGGUUGAAGACAAGUCUUAGAGGUUGUAUAACAAUGAGGAACGUUAAUUUCAAGAGCAAAAGAAGGUCAUCUUUUCUAUAUUUUAAUAUGAUCAAGGCUCAGGUGGGCUAAAGCUGUCCUCAAAUGUUGUUCCUAUUUACCUCAGUAAUUUACUAAAGUCACUUUAACCCCCAAGAACAGCUCCCCAUGAUUUGGAUAAGGUCAUUCAAUAACUUAAAGCAGCACUGUAUGGCACUUGAAGCAUUUGUCUUUUUAAAAAAUAUAUAAAUUGAAUCCACGUUCAAGUUCAUGAACUAUAAACAAUUAGUGGCUGGGGAGUUCACUUGUACCAUAAUAUUUUUGUGGAAGUCACCUUUUCUGUUUGCAACUAAAAAUGAAGAGUCAUGAGAAACUGCAGAAUCUCAGCGCAGAUGUUGUCAUAGGUGGUCUCUUCUGAUAAAUUGAUGUAUGUGAAUGUGAUUUAUUUUCUAUGAAAGUUAAGUGUCCCUUUAGCCGUCAUGUGAGAAAUAAACUGAUUAUGUUGUAAAUCUCUUUUUCGAGUGAAAAAAGCAGUCACUCAGCUGAAUGUUUACUAAAUGUUUGCAAAGAAUUUUCCGCACAAAGUUUUUGUCACUGUUUGUUAAGGUUAUGAAGCUGUUACAACAUGUGGUGUCCUGUGGUAUUUAUGAAAAAGCAAGUGUAUGUGCUGUAACAUUUGUACUGAAAUAAAUUAUGUACACGUUGCA